GAUGAACGAAAAUUUGAUGAGGAAUUCGAUCGUUGGUUUUCGAACGGAAGCACUGAUGUGAACUCGACGAAUUCCAGUGAACAGGACAGUGGUGGAACCACGCGGAAAAUUGAUGUGACACCUCCAGUAUUGAAGACGCAUAAUUGUGGUUUUCGUAAGGUAUCACCAGAAGUGUCGGCAAGUAAAACACCAGCGGAGGUGAUAAAACUUGAUGAAUCGGUCAUGGAUGAUACUGCUGAAAUAAUACGAUCUUUAAAGGAAGCGAAAGCAAAUUUUGAAAGAAUUCUCGAGGAAAAACGUCAACGACACCGAACUAGUUCAGUUGCAACAUGUUCAAUAUCCUUUGAUGAUAUACCAUCGAAUGAUCAUCCGGAUUCGAGCGGCUCAGCAGAUGCCAUCUCGAAAUCAACACAAAUAAAUCUGACACCGACUGCACGUGAUGGCGUACGAACGUUGAUCUCAGCGCGUUUCAGGAAUCUCACAAGUGAAGAGCCUUCACCGAUUACACGAAUUGAGUCACGGAAACGUAGGAGGAAAACAUCGCAAACAGGCGUCUAUAGAGAUGGGCGUAGGUUAUCGUUCUGUUCUUCUGACGACGAUAAUGAUGAUGGAUCGUCACCGAUUGGUCCCAAAGAGAGCACUCCACUUUCGGCACGUAAAACAGUUCAUCGUUUUGAUGAGAAGAAAGAUGCGUUGGAUGGUUAUGACUCAAUGGAUGAUGAUGCAAUCGAUGAAUUACUCUCACAGAUUCCCUAUGAACCACAGCCCGAUGUUCGUGUUCAUACAGUCAUAGUCAAGGCACCCACACCGAAACCUGAAAUCAAUAUUGAUCACAGAAAGCAGCAGCAGUCUUCAACAGUGAUUAUUCAUAAAAACAAUCAGUGCAGUAAUGUAUCAUCAAAUGAGAACGCACGAACAAAUGUUGUGAAAAAAUCGAAUUACGAUCGAACACCGUUUCGUCGAUGUAAAACGAGUGAUCUGUCGACGUCGUCAUCGAAAACGAUCCAAGUGGGCGGCUGGAGUAAACGAAUAUCCAUAAUCGCAGCAACGUCGCAUCCCAACAGCGAACAGUCGAAUAAAAUAGUAUCACAAGAUAAGAAGAAGAGUGAGAAGGGUACCGAAGAUAGUGCGGGGCAAAUGCCUCGAAGCGCUAGUUUUGAGCCGCCACAAAGAUCAGCAGACUCGUUUUGGGACGAUGACGAUGAUGAUUGGGAAAUAUUCGAUAUUGAUGUGACCGUCGAUGCGGCCCCAAAAUAA